GGCAUAGUUCAUCCGACCUCGCAUUCGCUGCAGGCUUGCUAGCAGCGCUACCUCGUCCAACUCCCAGCCAUAGAUGGAUGCAUACCUCUGGCCAUAGACGACUGUUUGGCUGUCUGGUGAAGCGAUCCCGCCAUGCGUGAAUACAAGCUAGUGGUGUUAGGUUCUGGAGGUGUGGGCAAGUCCGCUCUGACAGUUCAGUUUGUACAGGGAAUCUUUGUGGAAAAAUAUGACCCUACAAUAGAAGACUCAUACAGAAAGCAAGUGGAGGUAGACGGGCAGCAAUGUAUGCUUGAAAUUCUCGACACAGCCGGCACAGAGCAGUUCACAGCAAUGAGGGACUUGUACAUGAAGAAUGGCCAAGGCUUCGCCCUGGUAUACUCCAUCACAGCACAGUCCACCUUCAACGACCUCCAGGACCUGAGAGAACAGAUUCUACGAGUAAAGGACACAGAGGACGUGCCGAUGAUCCUGGUGGGGAACAAGUGCGACUUGGAGGAUGAGCGUGUGGUGGGGAAGGAGCAGGGUCAGAACCUGGCCAGACAGUGGAACCACUGUGCCUUUUUAGAGUCCUCUGCUAAGUCAAAGAUCAACGUCCUUGAUAUCUUCUAUGACUUGGUCAGACAGAUAAAUAGGAAAACGCCAGUGGAAAAGAAGAAGGCGAAAAAGAAAUCCAACUGUGUCCUGCUUUAAAGACCCUCCCCCCAACCAGCCCCUGCAGCAGCUCUGAGCCAGAAAUGCUGUAAUGAAGAACUGUUGCCCUGAUUGGAACGUGCCAGCAUUCCAACAGCCCUGCCCCCCUCCCUCCAUCAGCCAUAAACGGUGAAUCAGCUGACUGAACUGCUCCUAUCAAAGACAAGGAUGAUCUACAAGAGAGAGAGAGAGAGAGAGUGAGAAAAGAGAGAGAGAGAGAGAGAGAGGGAAAGAAAGACAGUGAGAGAGAGAGAGAGAGAAGACUCUGGCCUCUCGCCUCCGAGGACCUUCCUCUGUGUCUCAGUUUCAGUGUGAACCCUGAACGGACAGUCUCCAUUUCUGCACCUACAAACAACAACACCACAAACUGAUGAUGAUGAUGAUGAUGAUAUGAUGAUGAUGAUAAAAGCGCAGCAAUGCCUCUGAUAGUAUAUUUAAAAAAAAAAAGUGUCCAUGAGCCGCCUAGAUGGCCAGAGAGCAGCCCCUUAUUUUCAUGUAUUUUUUGACAGUUUAACAAAAAGAAAAUAACAUUGUUAAGAAGGAAAACAAAGUUAGAACUUGGAUUCAGUAUUUUUCAUCUUUUCAAUAUCAAUAUUGUAUUUGAAAGACAUGGAAGUUGACCUCUUUUUAGUUGUAUGAUUAUAAAUAUUCUUCAAAAACGAGCAUGAAAAAAAUGCAUCAGUUAUUAAGUGUAGGUGAAAUCAAGUGGAAAAGUGAGAAUUUUUUUAUAGCCAUACACCUAUUUUCCAUGCCUGUCAUGUCAGUGAUGAUAGAUCAAGGUCUAUGAUAUGUAUUAUUUUUAUUAUUAUUAUUUUAUUUUUGACUUUGUUCGCCCUGUUGUUCAUGGACUUCUCUUCUGCAGAUAUCUCUCUCUGAUGUGACUUAAUUUUAUACUCAGUCACUGGGAUUUCAUAGCUCCCAUAAUAUAUUCUAAUGCCAUUUUUUGCAUAAUAAUGCUUCAGAAAAAAUGGGUCUUUUAUAGAAGAAAUAUGGGGAAAAAUAAGGAUUGAUUUCUAUGUCUUGAAGCUGAAAUAUAUUAUACUAAACCAACUCUAAUAAUGCUUCUUGUGUUUUUCUGUCAAUGAUGUUCCAGCUUUUAUGGAUUAUUAAAGUACAUUUUAGUACAUUUUCA